AUGCGGAUGGGCGCUGAUGGCCCCAUUGGGCGCGGCGAGGGCCGUGGAAAGCCCGCAGCUGCACUCGCCUCGAACCAGCCGAACCAGCCCGACGAGCCGGCCUUGCUGCCUCAUCCAUCGGCGCCCAUGCUGGCCCAAAUCGAUCUCAACGCCUCCCCGGCCUGUUCCCAGCCGCCCAGGCCUGCCAUCGAGCGUGGAGGCGGCGGCGUGGUGUUGCGGGCGCCGCUCCCUUCGCCAUGUGCAGGCCUCGCCGUGUCUCGUCGCGCAUUCAAGCCUCAUGAACAGAGACACCAGGGCCGGAUCGUGAGGUGA